CUUUCUUGUACGAGUGUUUAACUAUCUAUGUCUAUAUGUCUAUUGGGCGGUGGCUUACUUACUAUGCGGAUGCGAAAAUUUGUUUGGAAAGCUGGUUGCUGCACGGUGACGGUGGUGAAUCAUUAUUAUUACAAUGUGAAAGCGGGUAUCAAAUCUAUUUAAUAUGGAGAUCAUGAAACCAUUUUCUUCAAUGUUAUCUUUUUGGUGACCCCCCUACUCUGCCCUUUAGAACCUUUUCUCUCUCAUUUCUCUUUUUAUAACUUUACUUUCAUUUUACUUUCAUUCUUCUUCUUCUUCUUCUUCUUCUUCUUCUUCUUCUUCUUACAAGGUUGCCGUGGGUUCUUUCUUCUCUUCAUAUAAAACCAUUGCGGACAUUUUCAUUGGCUUCUAUUAAAAUUGUCCUGGGAGGUAGGGCACGUUGUACGCUCCUUUGUGUUUAAUAGGCCCUGCAUGCAGUCUUUCACCCAACCCACUCAACACCGUUGCUGAGCCCAGAGGGCCCUUUUCUUGUUUUCAAUUCCUCGCUUCUGUUUCGCAUCAAUAAAUAGAAAAAUUUUUGUUCUUCUAUUUUUUCUUACAGUCGUCUCCUUGGACUUAUUAGAGAUAUUCGUCCACCCAUUCCUCAACCUCAUAUCUAUCCAGAUCCCGCCUGGCCCACUGCGCGACCUCGUAUCAAAAGGAACUCGGGCAUUUCCCACCUAACGAGCUGGUGAUAGCGCCAGAGUAAGGGUAGAAGACAGUCAGUCCGCCCAAUCCACAUGGCCUCCCGUUUCUCAUCACGAGCGGUGCUCAAGCCACUAGCCUAUACUUCGAUAUUCGUUGCCACGGGAGGUAUUGCAAUCUACACAGUUACAUCGUAUACGAGCGGCCUAGGCCGGCCCGGAGCCCAAACCAGAUCGCGUUUGCCAAGUGAUAUACCCCCGAGAUUCCCCCAAAUAAAGCCAAGAUAUGAACAGAUAUCCGACCUCAGACGAAGUGCGAAUGACAAACUUCACCUGGCUCAACGAACAGAGCCAAAUACACACCAUGGAGGAGAAGGAAAGAAGGAAGAUGAGGGUAUAUACGAUCUUCUCAUAAUUGGAGCAGGCGCUACAGGGGCAGGAAUUGCCCUAGAUGCCGCAACGCGCGGGUUGAAAGUAGCCCUCGUCGAGCGAGAUGACUUCAGCAGCGGGACGAGUAGCAAAAGCACAAAACUCGUUCAUGGUGGUGUUCGAUAUCUCGAAAAGGCUAUUUUGAACCUGGAUUACAAUCAAUACAAGCUGGUGAAGGAGGCGCUGCACGAGCGGAAAUAUUUCCUUGAUAUCGCCCCACAUCUCUCAACUUGGUUGCCCACUCUGCUGCCGAUUCGCACAUGGUGGCAGGCUCCGUAUCUUUGGGCUGGGACGAAGAUGUAUGACUUGCUUGCUGGCCACCAAGGAUCGCCGGAAGGGUCGUAUUUUAUGACGAAGAAUAGAGCCAUGGGUGCGUUUCCAACGCUUAAUGCGAAUGGGAUGGUUGGGGCGCUAUGUUAUUAUGAUGGCCAGCAUAAUGAUGCGAGAAUGAACGUUUCGCUGGCUAUGACCGCGGCGUUGUAUGGUGCUACUGUGGUCAAUCACAUGGAAGUCACUGGGUUGGAGAAGGAUGCCAGUGGAAUGCUCUGCGGGGCGCAGGUUCGAGAUACACUUUGUGAUAAUGAGGAUGAAAACCGGGUAUUUACCGUGCGUGCAAAGGGGAUAAUUAAUGCAACUGGGCCAUUUUCAGAUGCCAUUCAACAAAUGGAUGAGCCGACGAAGAGGAACAUAGUGGCACCGAGUAGCGGUGUCCAUAUUGUCCUCCCCGGAUGGCUUGGACCUCAGAAAUUUGGACUAAUAGACCCCUCGUCGGACGGGCGGGUGAUUUUCCUCUUGCCAUGGGGAGGGAAUCUGAUCGCUGGGACCACGGAUAGCCCCUGCGAAGUAGAGAAAUCGCCCAUCCCCAGGAGUAAGGAUAUCGAUUGGAUAUUGAACGAGAUUAGAGAGCAGCUCACUCCGGAGAUUGACCUUCGCCGUUCUGAUGUAUUGUCUGCGUGGUCAGGUAUACGGCCUUUGAUCUUGGACCCAAACUCGAAGAAUACGGAAUCUCUUGUGCGAAGUCACCUGGUCACAGUCUCAAAAUCUGGCCUGCUCACCUGUGCUGGUGGAAAAUGGACCACGUAUCGGGAGAUGGCUGAGGAUGCGGUCAACAAGGCCAUCAUGGAAUUCCACCUGAAGCCACAGGGACACCGGCAGCACCCUAAUAUCAGUGGCACUGGUGCUGACGAGAUGGCACCACUCCUUGACGGAUCCUGCCAAACGCAUGCUCUGCCAGUCAUCGGAGCCCACGGAUAUCACAAAACUUUAUAUAUCGAUCUUAUCAAAAGAUUCAACCUCGACGCUGAAGUCGCGCUGCAUCUGGCACAUGCAUACGGCGACCGCGCCUGGGAAGUUGCCUCCAUAUCCGCAUCUUCUGCCUCGUCCUCAACCCCAGGCAAUACUACCACCUCCACACUUUCACCCACCUCUCACGUACGCCUUUCACCCUCCUACCCCUACCUCAAAGCCGAAAUCAAGUACGCAAUCAAGAACGAAUACGCCAUGACCGCUGCAGACUUUCUUGCACGGCGUACCCGCCUAGCCUUUUUGGACACCAAUGCGGCUCUGCAAGCCCUGCCAGGUGUAAUAGACCUCAUGGGCAAUGAGCUGAAAUGGAGCCGCGCAAGGCGAGAGCGCGAGUGGACCGAAACAGUCCACUUUCUCGCAUCUAUGGGCUUACCGGCAGAUAUGAUGAGUGUCACGAGAGAACAGGUUAUGGCCGGGAAAGUGGCUGCGAAGAUAGGGGAGGAUUCUGUGGUGGGCGAGUGGGCGAAGCAACCGCAAAAACCAUCACCCGCAGCUGAUGGCUCAAUCAAGAUUAGCCUGAGCCAAUAAGUUAAAAAAAAGGGGGCCAAAAGAAAAGACAAGAAAAAGGAGAGAAGAGGGAAACAAUGAUAUGACCGAUUAUAGAAUUCAUCUCCUCUAAACAGGCAAUUGUUUUUGAUAUUUGAAAUAUUCAUCAUUGAGUGCAUAGCGUUUUUGGUUUUAAGCCAUAUUUCUAAUAGCGAAUAAUACAUAGAGGGAAGGGAAAGGGACGAGAUAAAUCAAUAAUACAAUGGAUUCUUCAUCAGAAUAGACAGGCUUCAAUCCGGAAAGCUCUAUGUGGUGAGACAAUAUACGUUAUUUUUCUUCUUUGGCAAAGAAGGGCAUAUAUUCCGUUGGGAAUCUUAGAAGCACGACGGCAAAUAUGACUCGUGGAUUGAAUAUGAUUGUGAUAUAGGAAAAGGAAAAAGGAAAAGAAAGAAUAAAAGAAACAUACCAGUGGGUUUUCGCGAUGAAAGCAAGACAAAAACAAAUUUACCAUAACAUUCACCGUCCAUCCCCAAUAUAUGUACUCCACACCAAAAAUUAACUCCGAGAAGCAAUACACUCACUGCUCCUUGCGCAGGAGGACUUCAGUAAUGGACCCCAUAGGCAUAUACACAUCAUCAAAAAUGACAUUCAAAAAUGCCAAGGGGAAGCUAGGUCCGAAACACAAUCUCUAUUCCGGAGGGGUAGUCGUAGCGGAAUAAUGAAACAAGAAAAAAGAAGGGACUGGACUGGAGUACGAAAUUCCUACUGUCCAGUCAUCUCGAAAUCCUUUUUCUCAUCAGAGGAGCCUCUACGUUCAUCAUUUUCGCGAACCGAAGCAUCCUGCUCUGAAGCAACAAUAGCACCACUCCGACCAGCCUCCGUCGUCGGAGAGAAGUGAUUGUGAUUGCGAGCAGUCGCGUUUUUGCUGGGGUUAUCUAAACUUGCUUCUAGACUACCAAGCAAAUCAACCUCACCGUUCUCGAACCGGACGGUGGCGCUGUGUGGCUCAGGAGGUGUUGAUGUUGUUGAGGAUGGAUUUUCUUGUGGGUGGAAAGGUUGAGUGGCAGCAUCAGGAUGAACGCCGUCAAUUGGGCUACGAGACUUUUCUUGUGGGGUUGAGUUGCCAUUUUGGUUGUCUGCGGGUGCUUUUGCCCCGUUAUUUGCGGAUUGUGAAUGCUGUGGUUGGGUGUCACUGAAGGAGAUGUCCUUGGUUGGUUCAGAGAAUUCGGCAACUGUUUGGACGGGGAAUGGAGAAGGCAUUUUUAUGGUGACAGGGGGUUGGGGUUGUGAUUGGGGUGGUGGAGGGAUCUCCUCGUCAGAGGGUUCUGUGGGACGAAUUGUGGUGGCAGAGGUCGUAUGUGGGAUACCUGACUUUGAUUCGGCCGCCGACUCUUCUCCCUCGUCACUCUCUUCUCCCUCAUUUUCUUCGUCCUCAUCUUCAUCCUCAUCCUGUAAUCCUGGCGUAGUAGUGGAGCUGCCAUCUCGCGCUGUACCCGACAUCGCCACGUCCCAAGUAGUUUCGGUUCCGACGGGAGUGGUUACCGCAAUCUCACCUUCGCCAGGCGCGAACAUCACCUUCUUCCGUCUACCUUUUCCAAUACCUUUUGCCUUCCUUUUGGGAGGGGAGUGCUUCCUCUUUAUUGGAGCAACUAUGGUUGAAUCGGUCUCAGCGACAACCACCCCUUGGGUAUCUACCACUCCAAAACCUUCGACAACCGUUCCUGGAGCCGGCGAUGCUUCAACAACAGUCCCAUCGCUAUUCUCAGGAACAGCUUCAGUAUUUUCUGUAAUCUCUCCUUCUACUUUAUGACCUUCAGGUACCCAGGCUUCAUAUAUCGAAACAUUUCCCGUCGUAGGAUCGACCUUCUUGAAUUUGGUUUUCCUCAUUGGCGGCUUAGGUUCGGGUUGCACUUCUGCCGUGUCGUUUAUUGCGGUUGAUCCAUACAGUGACGACAAUCCAGCCCUUCUCUUCGCGAGAAAUUCUGCCUCAGGGGGCUCAAUAUGUCGCGGUACCAAUGUCCACUUUCCAGCUGUAAAGGUGCGUUCAAACGGAGGGGCCGCAACAGGUUCAUCAGCGUCUUUGAUCUCCUUAUCGUCGUCCUCGACCUCAGUAGGCGCGGGCCGAAUAUACUUGCAUCCGGCUCUGGAAGCGCGUAGUAAUGCUCGACUCAUUGGGGUUAAAAGGUGGCUGUCUCUGGGCAUCGGUAAUUCGGGUAUGGCUUGCGAUCCUCCCAGCCUCGUGUCUGGUUGCUCAACUUUCGGAUUCUGGUAAACCACCACUGGCUGUCGGACCCAGCGCCGGACCGGAAAACCUUCAAAGACAUCGUGAUCAACCUGUCCCGUUCUCGUCCUAUUGGGGACGUUUUCUGUAAGUGCUUGAGACCGACGAGAGGAUCGGAACUGUGAGGAACAUUUGUUAGUAAGGUAUACGCAAAAGUGAGCCAUGUGUUGAGCAUAACAGAUAACACAGCUUUCAUCCGCGCAUCAAUUACAUUAACACGCCGAGUUACUCCCAGGUACGACAGCUAGAAGACUCAUGAUGUGGUAUUUAUCCAACACGUUAUUGAGGAGGAAAUGAAUUGGAGACACCAUACCGGAGCCAUCGAUCAACAGUAGAGGUUGGCGCAGCCAAACUUUACUCCAGGGAUUAAAUGUGCGUACGUCGAGGGUCGGAGUGAUCAUACGGUUAUUCCUCCUGUCUGGGGUCGAUCGAUUGCCUUUAUAUAUUAGGUCUGGCGCAUCAAUCGCCGCUGCGAGUUCCGUAAUGUACAUCAGAUCACGUGACUGUAACGGGGUAGCAUUUCAUGUGGCAAAUAGGGGCUGCGGGAUGAAGACGAUACGAAGACAUUGCUCAAGUACAUGAACGGGUGUGGUAUUUGAUGUGUAUAAACAGAUACUAAUGUAAUUUUGUUUAGCUGCGUGUAGUCUGCGGAAAAGCACUGCCGGUAUCACAAAUAUCAGAGCUGGGAUGGCCGCGAAAAGGUCGAAAUCGCCUAUGAGAAAAAACCGUGAAAG